AUGGCUGCUCAAAAGACAGAAUUUACCAAGAUUGUAGAAAAUUUUAUUGCAGCGAUUUCAGACGAUUUGCGAGAAUUAAUUCACGCAAAGCCUGAAAUUACACUCGAAGAACACUUUGCACAUAAUCUUUUGACGGAUUAUCUUGAGAAAAAGAGAUUUAAAGUAACAAGAAAAGCAUACGGAUUAAAUACUGCUUUUCGUGCGGAAUAUGAAAGCGAG